CAUCCUGUGUUACACACAGCUGAUAACUCACAGCACAGCUGAGCUCACGUACAGAGUAUAACACUGAUUUGUUAACGCGAUCCCUUUCAGCUAAGGUAUCAAUGAUGUCACGGCAGUCACGUGACCGGACCGGUCCUACAGCUGGAUGGGAUCUAGCUGCUACUAUGGUAGCAUAAGCAUUACAAGAAAAGAAGACACAUUAGUAGCUUUGCUUUGUGUCUCAGUGUUACACAAUAUCACUGACAUAAACAAGAUGAAGAAAAAGCUGCCUGAUCAGAUCCUGAAUCACAUUCUGGAGAUUCUCUACCUGCUGACGGGAAAGCGUGUGCCUAACUCACUGACAGCGAGUCACAUGACCGGGGACAAGACGACAACAGAGAGGAUACUGACCCACACCCUGCAGAUCAUGUACCUGCUGACAGGGGAGGUGCCUAUAAAGUGUGAUGAUGUUGCUGUGUAUUUCUCUAUGGAGGAGUGGGAGUAUAUAGAGGGACACAAGGAGCUUUACAAGGACGUCAUGAUGGAGACUCGCCAAGCACUAAGGACUAUGGAGAUCCCAGGAAAUGAGAAACUCACAGGUUACAGUGAUGAAAAUCUAGACACAGGAACACAUAGAGACCUUGUACAGAAUAUUCAGCCAUCAGAUGUCUCUGGUGAGUGA